CAAAUAAUAAAAAAAAAAAAAACUCAAAGGGCCCAAAAGAGCCGUCCGUACGCCUCCUCCUCCAGCCAAUUGGGGCUUUCAAAUACACAAUUCAAUUCUGCGUUAUACAUUUAUACGCAGCUGUGAGAAAGAGAGAGAGAUAAAGCAAGCAACAGAAUAAAUUCUUCUCCUUUUCUUUUUUGUUGCAACUAGUGAAAGAGAAAGAGACGAUCGCUUAUUUUCUUCUUCUCCUACACUCUGCGUUUUUGCUCUCUUUUUACUCCGCAUUGCUCCUCCGUUACUAUCUUCGCCGGCGAAAAUUUGUUUUCUUUUUCCCUGGAGGUAAAUUCGAAUCAUGUCAAGGCCUGCUCCGCUUCCACCUCGUUGCCCGAUUCCAAAGAAACUUUCUUUGAGUCCAGUUGCAGAUACAUUCUACUCUUCUUCCUCACCCAUUGAAUCAUACAUUGGUCAAUACAAGUCUUCUACUCAAGAUUCCAGGCUCGAAGAUCAACCUGCUUGGCUUGAUGAGUUGCUCUGUGACAAAACUGAUGGGUUGCUCACUAGAGGAGGUCCUCUGCGCCGCUCAGCUAGCGACUCAGUUGUGCUUUUGGGAGACAUUUCUGCUACUUUUUCUGGUUUUGAUCAAAGUGAGGAUGAAGAAAGUUUGAGUUCUGAAGCUUGUGGGGACUUGGAGUCUGCUUGUGUAUAUGGUCCCAACUCGCCAAGAGCAAAGAACAACUCUAGCUUCUCUAACAACCCUAUUGCUUCUGCCUUUUCGGAUUAUGGUUCUCAGACACCGCCUCAGAACUUGGAUGAUACGGUGAAAGGGAUCAACCGUUCACCUGUUGCUGAAAAUGCGUGUGGUUCAAUGGGCAUACCAAAUGCAAAAAGGAACCCGGGACAGCGUUCAAGGGUUCGUAAGCUCCAGUACAUUGCUGAACUUGAGAGAACAGUAGGCAUGUUGCAGACGGUGGAAGCAGAUUUAUCAGUGAGAGUGGCUUCACUUCUUCAGACACGAGCAACACUGUCCCUGGAGAAUAGCCAGUUGAAGCAGCAGAUGGCGAUACUAAAGCAGGACAAGCUCAUAAGGGAAGGUAAAUAAAAACAUGACAUAAACCACACAUUCAAGGAGUCUGAAUUACAGCUUGUGAUCGAUCCACUGAUGCUUGUUCCGAAAUAUUUUCUGUAGGUGAGUAUCAGUUACUGAAGAAGGAAGCUCAGAGAUUGAAAUCUGGAUUGGGAUACUUAGGGAGCACUAACAACAGUAACAGGCUGGUGAGGUCAUAUUCUGCUGGUUCAAAUGUAGCUCCAAGGACAGCUUCGUCCCACUUGGACUGGAAUUUGCUAGAUCUGACCAAACUCAAUCUCAACUAAAGACAAAACCCUCCAUAAGAAUAAGUAGCUUAAGGAAUUCAAGAGUUAACAGUUCUAUGUUCGGAAAAUGAACAAAUCUUUGUCGAUUUGUAUAAAUAUGAUUUAGGAGUAUAAAGUAUCCCACUGUCUUGGGAUGUAGUCUUUUUUAGCUAAAAUGCUCUGAUAUUGGAGACAUUUUAAGGGUUCCUAUUUUGUAGCUCAUUGAGUAAUUGUGGUGGCUUUGACUGAGAGUAUUCUUCUAUUUCUGGUGUUCUAAAAAGCUAUUAAUUUGAUGAACGUUGGGAUCUAAUAUCACUAAAAUGUAUGCAUUUGAG